AUGGGUCUCUACCUUGUAAACUUCGAGAGGGCAUGUGAAGGGGCCCGUUUUAACCGGGACUCGUGGCCCAAAAGGUUGCUGGGUGUACUGCCCUGCGAGGCAGCUGGGGUAAUCGCCAGGCUAACUGCGGAAGAGGCGGACGAUUACGAGUGUGUGAAGGGCUGUUUGCUCAAAAAGUACCGCCUGUCGGCGGAAGCGUUCCGACAGAAGUUCCGAAGCGUGAGCAAAAAGCCAGAGGCUAGCUACGCGGAGUUCGCGUACGAACUGAGGUCGUAUCUUAUCGAAUGGAUGAAGGGAGCCAAGUCGUAUGACGACAAAGAAAGGAUUCUGGAGGUGGUCGUGCUGGAACAGUUUUAUAAGACACUAAGUGAACCCAUGCGGACUUGGAUCCAAGACAAAACAGAUGUAGACUCCGUCUACAAGGCCGCGGAUUUCGCGGACGAGUAUAGCUCGCGCAGAAAAAACAAAGAAGGAACGGGGAAAAGCUUCGAAAAAACAAACUGGGACGAGCGACGCGGAAAGGGAUGGAAAGGGCGAGAGCCUGCGGGAAGGAACACUGAGGAAAAUCAGGGGGAUGAGGAAACGAAAGCAUCCCAGGGCAGUGACGCGGACGAUAGGCAAAAGAAGAAAGCAUUCGAGGCAAGGAAGCCUAUAACGUGCUUCAAUUGCCAUGAGACGGGGCACAUUGCCGCAAGAUGCACUAAACCAAGGGUGGUUUUCGCCUACGCUAGUCAGUGCGCGGAGUAUGAUGAGCUCCUGAGCCCGUACCUGUUCGACAUGACGGUAAACGGGAAGGCAUGCCGCGUGUUGCGCGACAGUGGAGCCACCAUUGACCUUGUUCACCCUACUUAUGUCACCGAAGCCAACUACAAUGGAAAGUGUAGUUGGAUCAAGUCGGUGUUAGACGAGAGGGAGCGUGUGUCUUCCCGUGGCGGAUGUCCUCGUUUCUGGUCCGUUCGGAGAGGUUCGCACUGA